AUGGCCUCAAAUAUCCACCUCCCAGAACCCAAGGUCGAAGCGGCGCAACCUGAAGCAGCAAUGUGUCACGUCGACGCGGCAAAACUCAAGGAAGAACAAACUCACUCGACAGGCCCGCCAGUCCGGACUUUUCCUUUCGGACAGCUCUCUUAUGACCUUCAAUACGAAGUGCUCCGCUUCUGCGACUACCCUACUGCAACUCUUCUAACAUCCACAAACCGACAUUUCUACGAGGCACUUCAUCCAAAGAUAGAAUAUGCGAUUCCCGCAUCCGAACGACUGGAAGUAAUUCAAAGAGUUGACCGAGAUCAUCGAAACGAGCAGCGGGCACACACGCAAACGUUCCGGAAAUCGCGCCGCUGUUGGACCUGCGCCAUCGAGAACAACUACUAUGCCGACCUAGAGCCUGUCAAAAAGGAUAGAGUCUCGUAUUUCCCUUGUCAUGGCUGUGGAUUUCUUGGUACAGAGUUCAAUAGGUGUCGGGGCAAUCGCGCAUCAGGCAUUAUCGUCAACAGACAGUGCCACAAAGACAAGGAAUUCUCGCCUUUGGAACUUCUUUCUGGGGAGAUUCUCCGACUAAUUAUCGGCCAAUUGGAUUAUCUCGACGCCAUCCACCUACGCAUCGCCAGCUGCUCGAUGAUGCAUCAAGUCAAGCUUGACUGGGUAGCCAUUCACAGACGCUUUACCUUUGUCUUCGCGAGAGAAGCGCCUCUGGUUGAGCUGGUAUACAGAGAAAUAUUCGAAAGUGUAGAUGAAAGUCUCGGCCCGGAGUCGAGAGAGAUGCUAGGGAAGACAUACACGUACCCAUGUUACAGCUGUUUCAAGGUCAAACCUGCUGCCAAGUUCCUUGACAAGACUCUACAGUUCAUAGGGGAAGAGCCAGAUCGUUUCUGGCGGCGCCGGUGUCGCCAUUGUUGCACGAUUGCGGCUGGUGAGCCCGAGAUUUUGGAUGAGUGGUACAGGCGUCAUCUCUGCUCCGACUGCGGGUUGAUGAAAGCCAAGGGGGAAGCUUGCCUCGGUUGCUUGAAGACCUCCGGUGCUCGCGAAAGCAUGCACGCAAUCACCAAGAUGAGUCGGAGUUCGAAUGACAAACGGUAG